AAAAAAAAAAAAAAAAAACGACGACUGCCAUACCCACACAGGUACAUGGGACAGCACACAUUGAGACAUGCCUCCUCUGUUUCCACAUGCCACUCCCAAUCACCCGAAUAACACAACCCCGCACAUCGGAGUCCGAUGAUCGGACCCAUCUCCGGCGAUGAUCCGCCGGAAUCAGAUACAGAUUUCACCGGCGACAUAGCCCACAACAGAUUCAGCUUCCGAUUCAACAUAGCCUACACAAUCUACUUCAUUCUCGGCUGCGCCUUCCUCCUCCCCUGGAACGCCUUCAUCACCGCCGUCGACUACUUCUCCUACCUCUACCCGGCCGCCUCCGUCGACCGUGUCUUCGCCGUCGCCUACAAGCCCCUCGGCCUCUUCUCUCUCCUCUUCAUCGUCGCCUAUGCCCACAAACCCUAUUCCUAUAUCCGAGUCAACGUAGGCCUCUCUCUCUACGUUUUCUCUCUCCUCCUCGUCCCUGUUAUGGAUGUGCUUUACAUCAAGGGCCGCACCGGCCUCUAUGAUGGCUUCUAUGUCACGGUGGCGGCGGUGGCGAUUUCUGGUGUGGGAAGUGGGUUGGUUCAGGGUGGGAUCGUUGGGGCCGCCGGAGAGUUGCCGGGGAGGUAUAUGCAAGCUGUUGUCGCCGGGACUGGAGCUUCAGGUUUAUAUACUUGA